AUGGCUGACUCGAAGGAAACUGGCAGCUAUUCAGGCCAGAAUGGCUACAAGGCGAAUGGCUCCCACACCAAGACCAAUGGGGCCCCGGCACACUCGAACGGCAAGAAGUCAGAGCCUGCUCCCCUAGGCGAACCGUCCAAGCCCAAGAAGACUUCAAAGUUGGGGAGCCUGAUGGCGCUGCGAAAGGCGUCCAAGCGUCCUUUGCCCACGAAAAUGGGGGAUGGAAACUACCCAAAGACAACACAGAGGCCUGGAAUCGGCCAGGACCUCAGUCGCAUUGGCCUCUAUGAACUCCAGACACUCAAGGGCAUUAUCUCGGCCAAGCUCAAGGGCGAGACUCAGCAAGAUGACAGGACCAUGAUCAUGGAACGAACGAUUCAACUGGUCGCUGGACUCCCAGAUCACUCGCGAACCCAAGAAGUCUUGACCAACAGCUUCAUCGACAAGCUGUGGAACUCUUUGGACCACCCACCCCUGCUCUAUGUUGGUCCUGAUUCCAAGUACCGACGCCCAGAUGGCUGGGGCAAUAACCCCGUUAUGCCAGAGCUGGGAGCACGCGGACACACCUAUGCGCGAUCUGUCAAGCCCAAGCAUGUACAGCUUGGAGCUCAGCCCGACCCCGAGGCCAUUUUUGAGGCGAUCAUGGCGCGUGAUGGAUUUCGCAAGAACCCAAACAAUGUCUCGUCAAUUCUUUGGUACUGGGCGACCAUUAUUAUCCACGAUCUGUUCUGGACCAACAUGCAGGAUCAGAACAAGAACGACACUUCCUCAUACCUUGACCUCGCCCCGUUGUAUGGCAACACGCAGGAGCAGCAGGACUCGAUCCGCACGUUCAAGGACGGCAUGCUGAAGCCCGAUACGUUCGCCGACAAGCGCCUAAUUGGCAACCCGCCCGGUGUCAUCAUCAUUCUGCUCAUGUUCAAUCGCUUCCACAACCAUGUCGCCACAAAUCUUGCCGACAUCAACGAGGGCAAUCGCUUCCCUGCCCCUACGCCUGACAUGAAUGAAGAGCAGGCAGCUGCUGCCAUGAAGAAGCGCGACGAGGAGCUCUUCCAGACCGCGCGCCUUGUGACCAGUGGUCUCUACAUCAACAUCACCCUCAUCGACUACGUACGCAACAUUGUCAACCUGAACAGGGCUGAUACCACGUGGACGCUGGAUCCCCGACAAGAGAUGGGCGUCUCUGCUGGUACCAAGGAAGGCUCCGAGGCAGGCGUCGGUAACGUUGUUUCUGCCGAGUUCAACCUGUGCUACCGCUGGCACUCGUGCAUCUCUGAGAUGGACGAGCAGUGGAUCAAAGACUUCUACGUGGAGCUUCUCGGCGAGGACUAUGGAACCAUGGAUAUGCGAGCCCUGAUGAUGGCCCUCAAGAAGUUCGAGGCCACCAUCCCCGAGGAACCCUCCGAGCGCACAUUCAACGGCUUCAAGCGUGGUCCCGAUGGCCGCUUCAACGACGACGAGUUGAUGGAAGCGCUUGCCACGGCGAUUGAGCAGCCCGGUGGUGCCUUUGGCGGACGUAACGUGCCUCGGAUCAUGAAGCCUGUUGAGAUGCUGGGCAUCAUCCGUGGCCGCCGCUGGAAUCUCGCUGGACUCAACGAGUUCCGCAAGCACUUUGGUAUGAAGGGCUACGAUACGUUUGAGGAAAUCAACUCGGACCCCGAGAUUGCCGAGCAACUACGCAACCUGUACCAACACCCUGACAACGUUGAGCUCUACCCCGGCAUCGUCGCUGAGGAGGCCAAGUCGCCCAUGGUUCCUGGCGUUGGUAUUGCACCCACCUACACCGUCUCGCGUGUGGUCCUGUCGGAUGCAGUGUCGCUCGUCCGUGGUGAUCGUUACUACACGACCGACUAUCAUCCCGGUAACCUGACCAACUGGGGAUACAAGGAGGUUGACUACGAUCUGAACGUCAACCACGGCUGCGUCUUCUACAAGCUGUUCAUCCGAGCUUUCCCCAACCACUUCAAGGGCAACUCUGUCUAUGCGCAUUACCCCAUGGUCACGCCCGACGAGAACCGCAGGAUUCUGACCAACCUGGGUACCGUCGAUCGCUUCAGCUUCGACCGCCCCACCUUCCAGACACCCCGAGUGAACAUUACCAGCUACGGCGGUGCCAAGUACAUCCUGAACAACCAGGACAAGUACAAGGUGUGCUGGGAGGAAGGGUUUGGCUUCCUGAUGGGCGAUGGCGGCCGACGCUUCAUGCUCUCGGGCGACUCGCCACAGCACGCGGAGCAGCGUAAGAUCAUGAGCAGCCUGCUGUACAAGGAUGGCUGGAAAGGGUCCAUCAAGUCCUUCUACGCCAUGAUUGGUGACAAGCUCCUCGCAGAGAAGUCGUACAAGCUUGCUGGUUCACGGCAGGUGGACCUGAUCCGUGAUGUUGGCAAUCUCGCGCACACACACUUUGUCUCGCGCAUGUUCAACUUGCCGCUGAAGACGCGCGAGAACCCCAAGGGUGUCUUCUCGGAGCAGGAGCUGUACAAGGCGCUGUCUGCAAUCUUUGUGUGCAUCUUUUUUGACAUUGACCCUGCCAAGUCCUUCCCCCUGCGCCAGGCCGCCAAGGAGGUGACGGAGAAGCUGGGCGGCGCCGUCGAGCUGAACGUCAAGCUGGCCACCACCCUCGGCAUCAGCGGUCUCUUUACUGGGAAGACCAACAAGGACGACCCUCUGUCCUCGUACGGUGUCAACAUGGCCAAGGGUCUCAAGAAGGCUGGUCUGAGCGCGUACGACAUAACCUGGAGCCAAAUCCUGCCCACGGCGGGCGCUAUGGUGCCCAACCAGGCCCAAGUGUUCGCCCAAGCUGUCGACUGGUACUUGUCUGAGGCGGGCAAGCACUAUUUGGAGGAGAUCCGCCGCAUCGCGCUGCAGCCAUCUUCCGACGAGAGCGAUGCGCUCCUCCUCGGCUACGCCAUGGAGGGCAUCCGGAUGGCUGGUACGUUUGGGUUGUACCGCAAGGCCUCUGUCGACGAUACCAUUCUCGAGGACGACGGUCGCAAAGUCCCCGUCAAGAAGGGCGAUCGCGUCUUCGUGUCGUUUGUGGGUGCCGCCAAGGACACCAAGCACUUCCCCAACCCUGACAUUAUCGACCCGCGCCGUCCCCUGGAUGCCUACAUCCACUACGGUGACGGACCCCACGCCUGUCUGGGCCGUGGUAUCAGCCAGGUUGCUCUCGCUGAGCUGUUCCGUGCCGUAUUCCGCAAGAAGAACUUGCGCAGGGUCGCUGGACCUCAGGGUCUGCUGAAGAAGGUUCCUCGCCCAGGAGGCUUCUACGUGUACCUGACCGAGGACUGGGGCAGCAUCUGGCCUUUCCCUACGACGAUGAAGGUCACCUGGGACGAGGAGUAG